UAUAUUGUUUCCAUAUAACUAUAGUAAUGUAUUACAUAUUGCUGUUGCAUGUUAAAGCUAGAUCAGUGACCUUCUGGUGCAUAUCAGUGCAAGAAAAUGGGCCACUCGGAAGGACUGGAGUCCAGCUUGCUGUCUAAGUCGUUGCAAGAGGUCCUGUAUUCAGUCACCGUCGUCCCAGUGGGACUUUUCUGUCUCUUCAUUUUGUUUUACCUAUUCUUGUUCUGUGAGUCUUCAUUAUAAUCGAAAACAUGGACUAAUAUAGAGGGAUAUGAGAAAGAAAAUAAAUUAUAUCCGGUGAGAAUUAAAUCAAAAUUAUCAGCUUGGUUCAAGAACGAUUAGUUAUACAUAGGACUGCAUCACACCCCACUCUCUUUUAGCAGGAAAGAUAAAACAAUAAAUUUAUACAUUGCGUUUCAUGGAAUAUACAUUUACGUAUUCAGUACUGGCCGGGCUUUCUUAUAUAUACAUGCUAUCUCAACCUCACCCCAAACUCACCCCCAUCAGUAUCAUCCCCUCGUUUCCUCCAUGGCCGAAAACUCAAACCCUUCAUACAAUGAUCAGCAAGAAAUCGAAGAGCUAAUCUCUUCUCAUCCUAAACAGAAAGGGUGGCACCGCUCCGGCCUCGCCCUAUACCGGAACUUUUGGUACCUCUUAAAACUUCUUCCUGGGGUCAUCUUGUCCCAGCGCCACUUCACAGCACGAGAUUCUGACAUCCUCCUAGCCUCAAAGCCCGAGUCAGGCACCAGAUGGCUCAAAUCCCUGGCCUUUUCUGCCCUCUACUGGGCACAGUUCCGGCCCUCCGAGGCCAAUGCCAAUGCCAACCACCCCUUACUCUCCUCCAAUCCCCAUGCACUUGUCCAUUUCUUGGAGCAGAAGUGCAGCGGGCAGCCGGCGGGGCAUGUUCCCGACUUGACUGGCUUUGCCAAUCCGCGUCUCUUUGCUACCCACAUGCCAUAUGAUUCAUUGCCGGAAUCCAUCCGCUGGUCCCAUUGCAGGGUGAUUUACAUUUGUCGCAACCUUCUCAACGCGGGGGUGUCAAUGUGGCACUUUGUGGCCCAUGUCGAUGCAGGGCACUGAGCAGGAGGCUGGUCAGGCAUGGAGGAGUUUUUUGAUAACUUUUGUCAAGGGACAGAUGAGUACGGUCUGUUCUGGGACCACAUGCUGGGGUACCAGAAGGCGAGCCAGGAGAGGCCCGGGAAGGUGUUGUUUCUGAAUUACGAGGACCUGAAAGAAGACACUGCUGGAAACCUGAAGAGGAUCGCAGAGUUCAUGGGGGUUCCGUUUUCAGAGGAGGAAGAGAGGAAUGGAAUUGUCGAAGAGAUAGUGAAGAUGUGCAGUCUGGGUAGCUCGAAGGAGUUGGAGGCGAACAAGACAGGUAGGUCCUUUGCCGGCAUUGAGAACAAGAGCUAUUUCAGGAAAGGCGAGGUCGGGGACUGGGUUAACUAUUUCAGUCCUUCCAAGGCGGAGCGGCUCAAGAACAUCAUGGAAGAGAAAUUGAGUCCUUUUGGAUUGACGUUCUGGGUGAACUAGAGCUCUAGCUGAUUCUUCACAUCUUAUAAUUUCGUGUUCUAUAUCGAGUGUGCAGCAUGUUCGUGCAUCUAAUGCACUUAUAUAUACAUGAAGUACACUAGUCAAUUCCAUAAGGAUAUAAUUUUCUCCAUUUUGUCUACUAAGUGCAAUAAUGUUUUAGCAAAGCUAUUCUCUACUAUGUACACCUACUCUUAUUGGUUUUCCAUUUUCAGGAUAAUUUUAGAGGCGUUUU